AAUGAAGUUUCAAAGGGACUCCUUGUAUAUAUAUGGACAGAGAGGGGACUGAGAAUCACAGGGCACUAAAAAAGAUUUGCCAUGGCUGCUAGGAGGAUAUCUGGGUUGCUCUCUCGCUCCUUCACUUCUGCUUCUGCUUCUGCUCUUUUCCCAGGAGGGAGGAAUUCUAGCCUUGGUAGAGGAUUAAGCAGAUAUAAUAGUACCAUUGCAGCCGCUACUGCAGCUGAGGAGCCAAUAGUUCCUUCUGUAGCUGUGAAUUAUACUCGACUUUUAAUUAAUGGGCAGUUCGUUGAUGCAGCCUCAGGGAAGACUUUUCCAACAUAUGACCCUAGGACUGGGGAAGUGAUUGCCCAUGUUGCUGAAGGUGAUAUUGAAGAUGUAAAUCGAGCAGUCUAUGCUGCUCGCAAAGCAUUUGAUGAAGGACCAUGGCCAAAGAUGACUGCUUAUGAAAGGUCAAGGAUUAUGUUACGCUUUGCUGAUUUGCUUGAAAAGCAUAACGAUGAAAUUGCAACACUUGAGACUUGGGAUAAUGGGAAACCAUAUGAGCAGGCUGCUAAAAUUGAAGUACCGAUGGUUGUACGCCUAUUUCGAUACUACGCUGGUUGGGCAGAUAAGAUUCAUGGUCUUGUAGUUCCAGCUGAUGGGCAGCAUCAUGUGCAAAUCUUGCAUGAGCCUAUUGGUGUUGCAGGUCAGAUUAUUCCAUGGAAUUUUCCUCUUCUCAUGUUUGCUUGGAAGGUCGGACCAGCAUUAGCAUGUGGCAACACUGUUGUUAUAAAGACAGCAGAGCAGACACCAUUAACUGCUAUUUAUGCUGCUAAGCUACUUCAUGAGGCUGGACUUCCAGAAGGCGUUCUGAAUGUGGUUUCUGGUUUUGGUCCAACUGCUGGUGCAGCUCUUGCCAACCAUAUGGAUGUGGAUAAGCUUGCUUUCACUGGAUCAACUGAUACAGGAAAAAUUGUUCUCGAGUUAGCGGCAAGAAGCAAUCUCAAGCCAGUAACUUUAGAACUUGGAGGAAAAUCCCCUUUCAUCAUUUGCGAGGAUGCUGAUAUUGAUCAGGCUGUUGAGCUGGCUCACUUUGCAUUGUUCUUUAAUCAGGGCCAAUGUUGCUGUGCAGGCUCUCGCACAUAUGUGCAUGAGCGUGUAUAUGAUGAAUUCGUGGAGAAAGCAAAGGCACGUGCUGUAAAACGUCUUGUCGGUGAUCCAUUCAAGGGGGGUAUUGAACAAGGCCCACAGGUUGAUUUGGAACAAUUCGAGAAGAUACUGAAGUACAUAAGGUCUGGUAUUGAAAGUGGAGCUACUCUUGAAACUGGAGGAGAGAGAUUUGGCACCAAGGGCUUUUAUAUCCAGCCCACUGUUUUCUCAAAUGUUACAGAAGAAAUGCUGAUAGCAAAAGAUGAGAUAUUUGGUCCGGUUCAGUCCAUCUUAAAGUUCAAGGAUCUUGAUGAAGUUAUACACAGGGCAAAUGCCACUCGCUACGGGCUGGCUGCAGGGGUGUUCACACAAAACAUAGACACUGCCAACAUGCUGACACGAGCAUUACGAGCUGGAACUGUAUGGAUCAAUUGCUUUGAUAUCUUUGAUGCCGCCAUUCCUUUCGGAGGAUACAAGAUGAGCGGAAUUGGGAGGGAAAAGGGGAUUUACAGUCUCAGCAAUUACUUGCAAGUGAAGGCUGUGGUUACUCCCUUAAAGAAUCCAGCAUGGUUAUAGUUAUAGACCCUUAAAUUUAGUGCACCCUUUUGUUCUGUUGUGUUCUGUUCUGUUCUGCUGCGUAGUUAGAAAAUAAAAGGGUAGUUUACCUGAAAGUAUGAGACCCUUAAAUUUGACAUUAUUUCUGACUGAAAUUGCUGAAUCAUACGGGCUCAAAUAAUGCCUCUUGAUGAAAAUGGCGUUCUUCUUAA